AUGUCUCUGCCUUCGACGUCACAAACAACCGUCGCGGAGAAGGAUAAUGACACAUCGAUCCGUCGCUCCUUGAGCAAUCUAUCGAAGGAUGAAGAGCAGGCUGUAUCACUUACGCCAGCAGACCGUACACGUGUGCUGAGGAAAUUGGACCUUCAUUUAUUGCCCUUCGUGUCAUUGCUCUUUCUGUUGGCAUUCCUCGAUCGAAGUAACAUUGGCAAUGCUCGUGUCGCUGGUAUGGCUCGCGACUUGGAUCUCCACGGCCUUCGAUACAAUAUUGCAGCAGCAGUAUUCUGUAUUCCAUUUGCGCUUGCAGAGAUCCCUUCUAAUGUCAUGCUCAAGCUUUUCAGGCCGUCGAGAUGGAUACCUUCUAUCAUGGUCGCCUGGGGGCUCGUAAUGACUCUUAUGUGCCUAGUCAACACAUACGAAGGACUUGUCAUUGCUCGUGUGUUCCUUGGUUUAACCGAGUCUGGCCUGUUCCCGGGAAUCUCUUACUACCUGUCGUUGUGGUAUCCUAAGCGUAACUUGGCUGUCCGGAUUGCGGUCUUCUUCGGUGCCGGGACUAUCGCAGGUGCUUUCGGCGGGAUAUUGGCAUAUGGAAUCGAGCACAUGGAAGGCAUCGGUGGCCUCCACGGAUGGCAAUGGAUCUUCUGCCUCGAGGGAUUGUUUACCAUUCUCGCCGCUCUCUUAACUUUCUUCUUUAUGCAUGAUUACCCUGAUCAAGCAUCUUUCCUCACAUCUCUGGAACAAGAACAUCUAACACUGAUGUUACAAGAAGAGCGCUCUGCCACACAAGCUCAAUUCAACAGAGAAUUUGUCUGGGAAGCCCUGAAAGAUUACAAAGCGUAUUUGCAAGUUGGUAUACAAUACGGCAUCCUUAUCACCGCUCAAUCAAUCAUGCUCUUUGCUCCGACCAUUGUUAAUCAACUAGGAUAUACAGCGGCUCGAGCGCAGCUCCUCAUCGUCCCGAUUUUCGUUGCCGGAUGUCUAGCAACCGUUAUCGUCGGAAUACUGUCUGACAAGUACAACUCUCGGGGGCCGUUCAUCGUUGGUGGCUGCAUUGUAUCUAUUGUCGGCUACAUCGUUCUAUACACUCACAAAACCCCGGCUGUGGGCUACGUUGGCGCCAUCAUCGGAUCUAUGGGCGCAUACCCCUGUGUUCCCAUAAACCUAGCUUGGGCAGGCGGAAAUGCAAGUGGAUCGGAUUUGAAACGGGGCGUCGUACUUGCCAUGGUCAUUGGGCUUGGAAACCUUGGCGGAAUUUGCGCCGCCUUCAUUUAUUACGAUGGACCACAGUUCCACGUUGGUCAUGGAACUAUAAUGGGUUGGCUUGGUCUAUCCUGCAUUUUGAGCCUUGUCGCAAUGUGGGACUGCCGGCGUUCUAAUAAGAUUAAGGAAGCCAUCUGCAAGGCAGAAGGUAUCGACGAGAAUCGGAAGCAAGAGUUCGCUCAUCUGGGCGAACAGAGUCCCUUGUUCCGCUACACUAUUUGA